CUUCUUCGAUUCAUUCCUCACGCACACACACUCUACUACUAGUAUGAGUAGUGAGGAGUAGUGAGUAGUAUCAUCUCUCUCUGUCUGUAUCUUCACCUGUAUCUACUCAAAAGGAGUGAAAGGGAAUAAAAUAGAUUGGGGGGCACGGUGAGCCGGCCUAAAGACUCCCAGUGAAAAAAAACCCAGACCCUUUUAUAAACCCUGUGCCUGCCUCCUCGCCAAUUCGCCGUUGCAACAAACCAAACCUUAGCUCCUCUCGCUUUGGCUUCUCACCCCGCACAGCCAACUCUUCCCGUCCAUCUCAAUCUCCACUGAUAAUCGAGACACAGGCCAUGCCGUGGGUGCGCUUCCUCGUCCGGUUGGUCGUCUUCUUCCGCGUCAUCGUGUGAGAGCAAGCUAAAGCUACUCGAUCCGUCGAUCGGCCGGCGGUGACUGACUGAGAAUGUGCAUUGGUUUCCAAGGGAGCAGGAGGAGUAGCAGCGAGACGAGCGCCGCCGACGCGGUGAUGAGAAGUGGCGCCAUCGCGUACUACCACACGCUGACCAAGGUUUGCCAGGUGCUCGAUCAUCGCAUGCCGAGUACUUCCGUCACCUUCUCAAGCCCGUGACGUAGGUUGACCAGUACAUAAUCCUCCUCCCUUCUUCACCCGACGAGAGAGCUAGCUGCGCAGCUUCUCUCACAAGGAAAAAAACAGAGGAGACAAACAGAGUUUGGAAGUUAAGAGCAGAAGAAGAUGCAGGGAGACCACGGGUACUACGGCGGGAGGGACUCGCCGCCGCAGGGGUACGGCUACGGCGGCGGCUACGGCUACGGAGGCGGGUAUGGCUACGACGCCGGUGGGUACUACUCCGGCGGCGGCGGCGGCUACCCGUCGGCUGGGGCGGCGGCGGCGGCGUACGAGGACCCGAUGGUCGGGAGGAGGACGCACGACUUCCCGGCGCCGAUGAACGAGCUGGAGUUCCAGCCGUCGGCCACGUGCCCCAAGAACUACGUCAUCUUCGACCAGACGUGCACCAAGAGCCGGGUCAUGUUCCACCCCUCGCUGGCGCACAAGUUCGGCGGCGGGUCGUCGGCGUACGACAACAACGUGUACGGCGGCGGCGGAGCGCACGACGCCGCCAAGGGCGCGUACAGGGACAGCGUCGGCUACGACGACGACGACAGCUGCUCGGUGCGGCAGAAGGAGGACACGGACGAGAUCGACGCGCUGCUGAGCUCGGAGGACGGCGACGAGGACGACGUGGUGAGCACGGGGCGCACCCCGGGGUACCGGGACGGCAGCUCCCCGGACUCGACGUGCUCGUCCAGCUACGGCGGCGGGCAGGCGAGGCCCGGGCGCAAGAAGGAGCGCAUGAAGAAGAUGGUGCGGACGCUCAAGGGCAUUAUCCCCGGCGGCAACCAGAUGGACACGCCGGCCGUGCUCGACGAGGCCGUCCGGUACCUCAAGUCUCUCAAGGUCGAGGUCAAGAAGCUUGGCGUGCGCGGCUCCGACAACUGAUCAUCAUCAUCUCCAACACCGGCAGAACGGAGGAAACAAACAAACAAAAAAAAAAGAGAGGCAGCUGCAGCGGCAGCAACAGCACCAGCAGUCAGCAGCAGCGAUCGAGUGCUACUACUGACAGUACACUGCAUCUGCAUGCACGACAUGUACCCUACUCCAUCAUCCUCCAUUUCUCCAUGCCUUGGGUCGGCAUUGGCAUCGCCAAGCUAGCCAUAGCUAGUUGAUGCCCUUUUCGCAGUGCCAUGAUCUGGCCAAACUCUUUUUGUGCGCUCUACUUUUGGCUACGGGCUUUAUGCUCCGUCCAUGAUGAGAGAGGGAGCAUGGGAGGGGGCAGAGGAGAGGCAGCGAUCAUCAUCAAUGUACUACUAGUACUAGCUAGUGCUCAUUUGCUUUGGGUGUACUAUAGUAGUAGUGGAGAGAUGAUGGAUAUGGAUUAUGGAGUUCUAGUUAGGCAGAGGAGAGGAGAGGGAGAAGGGCAGCAUUGCAAUCGCAUAUUUGCAUGCUUUGGCUUUGUCUGCUACUACUCCUCUUCAUUUGUUGCCUUGCUUGCUUUUUUCCUUUCUGCCCCUGCCAUGUGGCCCCCCCUUCCCCUGCUGGAUGAAUUAUCCAUUGAUGAUCCCCUCCUUCGUUAGCUUGACGUGUUCAGUUAUACUGGUUACUGUUUCUGCCUU